GAGUAGCGUGGAGGGGGGACCUGCCUUGGUCACGUCACUGGGAGGGUUAUCUCGUUUCUGUCGGAGCACUAGCCCUUGUGUUUCAGUCCUACAGGGAAGAGCUGGAGAGGGAACAAGCAUUGUGUGCAAGAAUUGAACGAGAUCUGGAUGAGGCCACACAGAGGCUGAUGAUGGCCCAGGAAGAGAUCCGGAGGCUGGCAGAUGAGCUGGGUGCACAAAGAAAGGAGCAGAACAAAAUAGAAUCAGCCUCGUGGCCAGCCCUGCAAGCACCUGAGCGCCGGGAGAAAGGGGUGAACGAAUGGAGAGAGAGUGACAGGACUGAGCUACAGAAGGCCAUGGAGCACAACAGCAGACUUGAUUUGGAAAGAAAAGCGUUCCUUGAUCUGGUUGAACAGCUCAAAGAGGAGAUCUGUGAGUAUCAGAAGAGUGAGAAGCAAGUACUUCCAUUGCCUGCGCCAACUGAGACCGAAGAAGUCGCAGCGUCCUCGCUGCGGUAUUUUCAAGGGCUUUUUUCACAGGCCACAAAGGAUGAAGGGAGGGUGGAAGGAGACUACGUUUCAGGCAAAGCUGGCUCAGAUCAAGAUGGCAAAUACCAGAGUAGUGAAACACUUCAUAAAAGGUGCCGAGAGGUGAUUGAAAACAUCAAGGGCAGGAAUUCACAGCUCCUUCACAAGCUGCAAAAACUGGAGCAGGAGCAUGAGGAUUUGGUUGAGCGCAAUGAAGAGCUGGAAUCAAUCCUGAGAGAGACACAAAUCCAAACCAAGCAGGAGAAGGAACAGUUUGAGAGUGAGGUGGAGGGACUUCACCGGAAAAUCACAAGUUUAGAAACAGAGUUACUUGAAGUGCAGAAGAACAAAACUGAGAUGAGUGGGGAAGAGCAGGCAUCGCCUGGAGCACAAGAGAUGCAAGAGAUGCUGGAAAGCUGUCAGGAAACGAUAGAAAAGUUGGGAAGUCAGCUGGGAGAGCGGAGAGAACGGAGAAAGCAACUUGCAUCUGAGCUUGAACUGUUACGAGAAGAUCUGAAGGCUGAGAAGAAGCAUGGGUUGCCUGACUCACAAUCAGAGUUUACGAACCAUUGUAAUAACUUCCCGAGUCUCCAAAGAACAUCAGCAAACAGGGAUCUCAUUAACGUAUCCCAUGAGAAGCUACAAAAGGAUAAUGCUUUGUUAGAUACAUAGGUCUCUGAACUCCUACAAGAAAAAGAACAGAUUAACAAACUUGAGCAGAAACAUGAAGAUCUAUGUACAGAUGAAAGGAUGUAUGAAGAACAGAUGGCUAAAGUAGUAUUUUUGGAAGAACAGAUCAAAAACUUGAGGGAUGAACAAGAACUGCUUUGUUCUGAAUUACUAGAAAGCAACAAGAAGAGGGAGGAACUAGAGAAGCAGCUAAAAGAGAGCAAUGAAGAAAAACAGUUGUUACUGGAAGAAAUUGCCCAGCUAAACCAAGAUAUCCUGACUACCCGAGAGCAGGGCUACAGCAUGCUUGAAGAGACUUUGAGGAAGAAUCAAGGCAUGGCGCAUAGAGAGAACAAGUUUCUCCUGUCGCAGAGCUCUGCAGGCAGUUUAGAUGGGAGCGUUAAACAG